CGUGACGUCAGAUGUCUUUGUCUGCAAAGCUGUUUGAUCUGUAAAUGAAGUAUCUGGGGAGCCUGCCACUCGACAAAAGAGCUCGUUCUGCACAUGUGCACCGUGGCAAAUGCAAGUAAAAUGGCUUGCGAGCGCAGAGCAUCAGCACACCGACUUUGAUGGGGAAACCGAACAUUUACUGCACACUAGGGAGAGCUGCAUUUAGCAACCUCACCGAAAACGACAGACCUCUGCCUUUGUGGGACGCAGUCUGGUGCCUGGUACAGUUAAUUUGUAAAAAGCGCUUUCGGCUUUACAGUCUUACAAGGACCAGACAAAGAAUGGUAUUCAGAAUUUACUGUACACUGCUUCUUCAAACAAAGCAGACUGUGUCUGGUCUGGCACUUUAAAAAUAUGAGGUUAGAGCGAUAUGUGAUUUUUGAACGUUGAAGAGCACGUGUUAACAUUGCUGUCGGAUUUGAAACAAGGCUGCUUCUAUCUGUAACUAUCUACGAAUUAAUUGGCUGAUUAUCAUGCACACUUUCUCUACUGAUAAUGAAUAGACAUACUGUCCCUGGUCCUAAAUAAAUAAUAAAAUUGCUUUGAUUUUAACAAAUUGAUGUGGGCGAGAAACUGCAUUUGGAGGGAUUCUAUGCUGUGAGGCCAGAUGAUACAAUUUACAUUCAGAGUUGUGAAUCGAAGAGGCUGAUUGCUGGUGAUUUACACUGAGAAGUUCUGGUUGACAGGAGUGUAGCUGUUGCUAUGAGAUACAGGAAAUGCAGCUUUGAACUUCUCCUUUCUGACUGAAUGGCAGCAGUUGAUUCUUGAGGAAGCGGGCUGUGUGGAAUAUACUCGCUCACUGGCAUCCUCAAGGGACGAUCUACCUUCCCCCUCGGUGUUCCAUUGCUAAGAGUCUGUUCCAGGGAUAAAAGAUGGAGAGACGGAAAAGGAGCUUUACAUUUGGAGCAUAUGGAGGGAUAGACAAGUCUUUCAUCCGUUUGAGAAGUACACAGAAGCAUGACGGAGUGGACCACAACAUUACCAAUUCAUUAGAACCUCCAAGCCCAGAAUUACAGUCACUGUACUCAACACGGCCCAAUCACAAGAACACAGACUUCUUUGAAAUGAUUGAAAAGAUGCAGGGAUGCAGAAUGGACGAACAGAGAUGCUCUCUUCCACCGCCUCUUAAAACUGAAGAAGAUUAUAUUCCGUACCCCAGUGUUCAUGAGGUCCUGCAGCGCGAGCCACCUUUCCCAAUCAUCCUCCUCCCUCAGUUUGGUGGCUACUGGAUCGAGGGGACUAACCACGACGUCACAAGUUCUCCUGAGACAGAGCGGGUUUCAUCGCCCCCUUCCAAACACAAGCUGGAGUGCAACUCAAUCGCCAAACUCUACAGGAAACACUUCCUGGGAAAGGAACAUUUCAAUUAUUAUUGCAUUGACAACGUUCUGGGUCACCUGGUCUUUUCCCUCAAGUAUGACAUUAUUGGUGACCAGGAGCACCUCCGCCUCUUGCUAAGAACCAAAUGCAAAACGUACCAGGAUGUCAUCCCCAUAUCCUGCCUGAUUGAGUUCCCAAACGUGAUCCAAAUGGCAAAGCUUGUUUGUGAAGAUGUAAAUGUGGAUCGUUUUUACCCUGUCUUAUACCCUAAGGCGUCCCGGCUAAUUGUAACAUUUGACGAACAUGUUAUCAGCAAUCAUUUUAAGUUCGGGGUGAUUUAUCAGAAAUUCGGCCAGACCUCAGAGGAACAGUUGUUCACCAACACUGAAGAGAGUCCUGCCUUUGUGGAGUUUCUGGAAGUGUUGGGGGAGAAGGUUGAACUUCAAGACUUCAAAGGCUUUCGAGGGGGCCUCGAUGUUGCACAUGGCCAGACAGGAACGGAAUCGAUCUACUGCAAGUUUAGAAACAAGGAAAUAAUGUUCCACGUCUCCACAAAACUCCCAUACACGGAAGGGGAUGCACAACAGCUUCAAAGGAAACGACACAUAGGGAAUGACAUAGUGGCCAUAGUCUUCCAAGACGAGAACACCCCUUUUGUGCCAGACAUGAUUGCGUCGAACUUUCUACAUGCUUACAUUGUUGUACAGGUCCAGUACCCCUGUACUGACAACACGCUGUACAAGGUCUCCGUCACUGCGAGAGACGACGUGCCAUUCUUUGGCCCAACUCUUCCUGACCCAGCCAUCUUUAAAAAGGGUGCUGAGUUUCAAGACUUCUUGCUCACCAAGCUCAUUAACGCAGAAUACGCGUGCUACAAGGCAGAAAAGUUUGCCAAAUUGGAGGAACGGACAAGGACAGCCCUGCUGGAGACCCUCUACGAAGAGCUGCAUGUAAACAGCCAGGCCAUGAUGGGGCUGGUCAACGAGGACGAGAAGAUUGAGAAUGGAGGAAGUGGAGGAGGAGGAUUUUUUGAAUCCUUUAAGCGGGUGAUUAGAAGUCGAAGCCAAUCGAUGGAUGCCAUGGGUCUCAGCAGUAAGAAACAGAACACUGUCUCUUCGAGUCACAGUGCCAGUCUUACCCAGACCGCAGGAGAAACCAUCAGAGCCCCUGCCAUUUCAUUACUUGUGCCCGGGAAAAGUCCCAGUAAGCAUGGACGUCGAGGCAGUGCGAUAGGCAUAGGAACAAUAGAAGAGUCCCUGAUUAUCCCUGGGAAGAGUCCAACAAGGAAAAAGUCCGGACCUUUUGGCUCUCGUCGGAGCAGUGCUAUUGGCAUUGAGAACAUCCAGGAGGUGGUAGAGAGAAGAGAGAGCUCAUCAAGUACUCAGAAGACCCCAGACAGUGGUCACAUAUCACAGGAACCAAAAUCUGAAAACUCAUCCAAUCAGAGUUCUCCCGAGAUGCCCACCACAAAGAACAGAGUAGUACUAAACCAGAAGGGCCUGUGUGAAGGCGUUCAGGAUCUCUCUCGCUCGUCGUCGAAUGCCAGUAGCUUUGCCAGUGUCGUAGAGGAAAACGAAGCCCUUGAGGACUAUGAUACCGGGAUGGACAGUCUAUCCUCCAACACGUCCCAGAAACGGAAUUCCUUCACCUACAGCACAUGGCUGGAAGACAGCACCAGUAACAUCAGCGCACACAGCGCCGGGAGCUCGACAAGUGGUCCUCGUCCUCUCGUCCUAGACCCUAGCAAGAGCGGUGAUUUACCCCGGCCUGAGAUCAAAAUUAAACUUGAAAAAUCUGAACCACAGAAAUUCUCUCAGAGUCACCAAAAGAGAAGUAAGUUAGUGGAGCUGAGGAGAAGUCGAAUGUUUGCCAGUAGUGACGACGUCGCCUCGCUCUCUAAAGGAAGCCAUCGGAAAUCUGGAUUGUAAAUUGGAGAGUUCAUUCAAAAUUUACAAAUAUAUUGUCAGACCGCAUUGCACUUUGAUUGUUGGAGAUUUGGUUCCACUGCCUCCGUGUAGAAACUGUCUGUGAUUAUCAGUGUCUCGUGUAGCUGUGUUAAUAUUGUCACUGGAUGAAGUCUAAAAGCACAAAUGGUGAAAUCAGUGAAGCGCUGUCGAAACCUUUAAAACACUGCGUUAGGCUAUAUUUAUGGAAAUUGUCCCCGUGUUUGGGUUAUUGUUGCUAAAACUGCUGAAUUAAAUAUGUAAAUAGGCUUUUGUAAAUAAUGCAGAUAAUUAAAAACCAUAAAUGUCA